AUGGCGAAGAAACCCAAAAAUGCUCUUAAAGAUGGGGAUCAAGAUAACGGUUCCAGAACAAACGAGAAUUCGAGUUCCUCAACGGUUUUCAAGGCCCUGUUUGGCGAUAUCCCUGAACAGAUUGUAGCCUCUGAUUCUAUCUUCUCCGAGAGCAAUCCGUUCCGCAGAGAAUUGCUGGAAAAGAAGCAGAAGCGAGAAUCAGGAUCAGGGGUUUCAGGAGAAGAUGGCGAGAACGAGGGUGAUUUGGGGAAGCCCGACAUAUCUGAGAUGCCGCAGAAGAUUAAGCGAAAGAAAGAUAAAGUUAAGAAGGAAAGUUCGGAUCUUGAGACAGAAUUAGUUGAGGAGAAGAGUAAGAAAUCGAAGAGGGACGGAUUGAAGGUUGAUGCAAAGAGCAGCAGCAACAAUUUGAGUUGCGAGUUGAAAGAGUCUUUGGAAAAUGAUGCCGGACGUGAUCUGGGAGAUGGUGAAAGUGGAAAUUUUGGUGUUAAGAGUGAUAAGAAGAAAAAGAAGAGGAAGAGAGAUGAGGUGGAGACAGAGUACGAGGCUAGGAGGUAUGGGGUAGCUGAUACGAUGGAUGGAGCGAAGGGGGAAGGUGGUGUGUUGGGGGAGAAGAGGAAGAAAAUGGAUAAUCCGGAGGAUAUGAUGGUGUCGAAAGAAGGUUUUGAUGAUGAGAGCAAGCUGUUAAGGACUGUUUUUGUUGGGAACUUACCUCUGAAGUUGAAGAAGAAAGAAAUAGCAAAGGAGUUUGCCAAGUUUGGUGAAGUUGAAUCUGUUAGGAUUCGGUCCGUCCCCAUUGCAGAUGGCAAAAUACCGAGGAAAGGUGCUGUUAUCAAGAAGAGAAUCAAUGAAAAUGGAGACAGUGUUCAUGCUUAUAUUGUUUUUAAAACUGAGGAGUCUGCUCAAGCAUCACUAGCCCAUAAUAUGGCAGUGGUUGGCGGAAAUCAUAUCCGUGUUGACAGAGCUUGUCCACCUCGCAAGAAGUUGAAGGGAGACGAGACUCCCUUGUACGACAAUAAGAGGACAGUUUUUGUGGGAAACCUUCCCUUUGAUGUGAAGGAUGAAGAGAUUUAUAAGCUUUUUAGUGGUAUUAAAAAUCUCGAGACUAGCAUUGAAGCUGUUCGGGUUAUUAGAGAUCCUGGAUCCAGCUUGGGAAAAGGCAUUGCAUAUGUGUUGUUCAAAACCACGGAUGCUGCAAACUUGAUAGUCAAGAAACGCAACUUGAAGCUACGAGACCGUGAACUUCGUCUGAGUCAUGCCAAGUCAACAACAACCAACACUUCUUUGAAGAGAAAAUCCCCUUCACAGCCAGGGACUAAAAACACUCGUCCGGCAAAGAAGUUUGCAUCUCUUCCCACAACUCCGGAUAGCGGCAAGGCAAGCUUAUCCUAUCAAGGCCUGCGUGCAAGCAAAUCGGGUUCUCAAAAGAAGAAAGUCCUCCCAAAGGUUAUUAAUUCGCAUGGAAAAUCGAAAACUCGAACUGACUCAGACCAGAGUUCUGUGAGGAAGAAGAAAAGACCAGCUGUGGCUGCUCGUAAGCAGAAAGCCUUAAAGGCUGCUGCUAAUGCUUCUUCCCAAGUAGUGGGAACAAAGAGGAAGAUUGGUAAACAGACGCCUGGCAGUGGUGCUGGUGGACAAAAGAAGAAAGCGAGGAAGUUUAGGUAA